CCCCCUCCCCUCCCCCACCGAGGCCAAGCGGAGCCUCCUGGGCAGCGGCCGCUCCCACCUGGGCGACUUCACCUUCCUGAUGGUGCUGGGCAAGGGCAGCUUCGGCAAGGUGAUGCUGGCGGAGCGGAGAGGCUCGGCCGAGCUGUUUGCGGUGAAGAUCCUCAAGAAGGACGUGGUGGUGCCAUCAAAAACAGCCCCGAAAAUUCCUAAAAAAUGCUGGGAAAAAAUUCCCCCAAAAAUUCCUAAAAAUUCCCAAAAACUCCAGAAAAUUCCAGAAAAUUCCAGAGAUUUUGGGAUCAAGAUCUGACCUCAGAACAACCCAAAACUGUUGAAAAAAAAUAAAAAAAAUCCGAAAA